AGUAAACCAAAUAACCAACGUUCAUCAAGAUAAAUAUUCCCCAGUUGUCAUUUCCCCCUUUUAACAACACUCAAAACCCCCCACUGAAAAAAAGAUCCAGGAUAUUCAAUAUUGUCCUUCGCAUAGGAACAUGGGUCCUAAAAGAAUGCCAGGCGACGUGUGGGUGGAACGGAAGGGCAAAGUCGUUAAGGUUAUGCGAUGCCCCACGGAAGAAGAAUCAAUUAAUUACGACACAACGAGACGAAACGUAAUUUCCGUGAUGAAUCGCAUCCAUCGGGAGGUUAUCGACCCACAAAAAUAUUUGGAACAGGCGCGCCACCGUGACCACGCAGAUCUUAUGCUCUUGGCGUAUCCAGAUAACCUCUCGUCAUACGACGAGAACAUGGAGGUGGAGUUGAAAAUGGAAAAUUGUGUCAGUAUCGAAACACUGGUGAAAAAUGUGGGACAGAUCUUGAAGGGGAAGUUUUUACUUGGUCGAACUAUAACUCCAUCCAGCAAGCUGGUCGGAGUGGACGCUGGUGUGGAGGACCCUGAAGGAAAGAGGGCCAUGCGACUUGGCCUAUUUAAUUAUUCUGUGAAUGCCAAAAUGGGGAAGUCCGAUUUCGAGGCAGUCCUUCCAUUGGGGACAAUGUUGAUCGUGAAGAAUCCCGUGUUUAAAAAGCCUUGUGACGGCCCAGCAAGCUAUGGACUGAUUGUUGAUAAUCCCGCUGAUGUAGAAAUACUCAGUCCAAGGAGAAUCGAAUCACUAUUUCCAGGUGUCCAAUGGAAGUCAGAUCUACCCCACGAAUCUCGAAUGCAGUUGAAUUCUCUUCUCUGGGAGUUCUCACCUGACCAAAGUGACCUCGAGAUUGCCACCAAGCUCAAAAACGUGGGAAACAAGGCCUUCGUGGAGAACAGGUCAACCGAUGCGAUCCGAUUCUACGAUGUCGCUCUGGAAUACUUAUCUGACUUGGAGGAGCAGAUAACUCCAGCCGUUUCGACACUCUUGGUGGACAUCUUGUCCAACAAGGCAGCCGCUCUGAUUAAAUUGGAUUGCUUUAAUUCAGCCCUAAUUUGUACGGGUAAAGCUCUUGGGAUCAAUAACGGGCACGUCAAGGCGAUCUAUCGUCACGCCAAGGCUCUCAUUGGACUUGGCCGAUACUCUGAAGGUGGCGAAUUUCUGGACGAAAAGCUCACCCAAUUCUCAUCCCUUGGAGAUGAUAUUCUUCGGUUAAGAACCAUCCUUCCAGAACUGUUGAAACCACCCGGAAAGGAAAUCAUCUGUGCUUUGCUAAACCCACGACAAAAGGAUUCCAAUUUGCCACAGAAAGAUUUACCGGUCGGGAUGGUGGAUCGCAUCGCAGAAUUUCGAGGGCCAAUUCAACUCAAGAAGAGUAAAAUCUGCAAAGGCGAAGGACUAUUUGCCACUCAAGAUCUCGAACCUGGAACAGUUCUCCUCGUCUGCAAACCAUUCGCCGGGCUGUAUGUCAACCCAGAAGAAAAGAAGACAUUUUUAGACAGCACAACUCCCAACGAAUACCUUGUCGGCGUGAUGGCGAAUAAGAUUUGGCUUGAUCCCCAACUUGGCCGUGACCUUUACGCCCUCUUUGCUGGACCUGAACUAAAAACCUCGACGGAUAAUGAGGACCCUAAAAUGAGAAAGGUGGACAUUGCUCGAAUCAGACAGAUUUGCAGCUUUAACUUCACCGGGAGCAGCUGUAGCAAGGAGGAAAACGAGAAGUUCAUUUCUUGUGGGGUUUGGAUCCCCGCGUCGAAAAUUAAUCACAACUGCAUUGACGCCAACGUUAUGUACGUCCACCACGAUUCCAGCCUUGUCAUGAUGGUCAUUACUUUCAGAAAGGUGAAAAAAGGGGAGGAGAUUCUGAUGAGCUAUGUGGACGCAAUGCAGCCGUUGGAAAGGAGGGAUUUCAUGAAGAGUCAUGAUUUUAUCUGCAAAUGUCGACUCUGCGAACUGGACCGAUCUGAAAGUCCUGCUCUGAUUGCGAAGAGAGACCAACUUGUCAAAAGUCUGGCCUACGACCCCGACACAAACUUGUACCCAUUUCAUCCCUUGAUUCUCGGCCGCGACAUGGUAACAAUCGACAAAGUGGAAAUUUUGCGUGCGGCGUCGCCCGACAUGAAUUUCGCCAUGACAUGUUCUGGAAUUUAUACCAUUGCUGCCGUCGUGCUGCUCGACCAACGUCGUUACGUGGAGUGUUUGUCCAUCUUGGAGAAAGUUUACGCCGUCAUCGAGAACGUGCCGACUAAUUUUAUGCAUCGUGCACAUGCUGAAACCAUUUUGAUUUGUUGCAUGCGAAUGGGCAAGAAAAAGGCUGUGCUGGAAAAAUGGACGGAGGAACUCAGGAAAUAUUGUCGUCUUUAUGCCGGCACUUUGGAACAUGUUCGGCUCGGAGAUUAUCCCAGGAUUCCGGAAGACUUGAAGAAAUUUGGGAUUACAUUUUUUACUGAUACCGAUUAAUUAAUUGUGGAUGCUUCUAACUCGUGUUUUUUUACUUCAUAUUUUUGGAUUUCGGAUUAUUUCUAUGAUAUAUAUUUCAUGUUGAAUUUUUUAAUUUUCUUUUGAAUGAUAGUACUGUGACUUGAUGAAUUUGAUAAAUAAAUAAUUCCUGAUAAUUUGUAUCAGCGCCGAACAA